CCGACAGUCUGAACACGGAGAUGAUGAUAAGAGGCAGCAGCGGAUCGAUCAGCAACAGAUAUCGAUAGGUGUUAUUGAUGACAGAUGGAGGAUCGAGUCUGUGAACCCAAACUAGUUCUGGUCUUCAGCGGGAAGCGGAAGUCCGGAAAGGAUUAUGUGACGGACCUGAUCCACAACCGUUUAGGACCUGAUGUUUGCUGCAUCCUGCGUCUGUCUGGACCUCUCAAACAGCAGUACGCUCAGGAGCACGGCCUGGACCUGGACCAGCUGCUGGGUCCUGGUCUUUAUAAGGAGCAGUAUCGGGCUGAUAUGAUUCGUUGGGGAGAAGCUCGGCGACGCGAGGACCCCGGAUUCUUCUGUCGCCUAGCAACCAGAGGAGCACAACAACCUGUCUGGGUGGUGAGUGAUGCUCUCUGCUCUCUGAUUGGUCAGGUGGUGAGUGAUGCGCGGCGGCUGUCAGACCUGCAGUGGUUCUGGUCGGAGUUUCCUCGACAGACUCAAAGUGUCAGAGUUCAAUGUUCAGAGAAAACACGCCAACAGAGGGGGUGGAGCUUCUCCCCAGGUGUGGAUGAUGCAGAGUCAGAGUGCGGGUUGGACAGUGGGGUUAAAUUUGAUUGGGUGAUCACUAAUGACGCAGACGCCCCCUCGUUAGAAGAGCAGCUGCAGCCAAUCCUGAAGCUAGCCAAGGAAGUAUCCUCAUCAUCUUCAUCGCACUGAGCAAAAGUUUUAUUGAUAACUGAUGAAUGUCACUGUUUUCUCCUUGAUGAUCAAUAAAGUUUUUCUAAGUCUGCA